GGAAUGGGGUUGUCUUACUAAAAGAGGAAGCGCUGAAUUACAGAUAGUUGAGCGUAGACUUCACUUUUGGACAUCUCGGUCAGGAUGGCUUCUUUGAGAACGGUGAAUUUAGUUCUGCUCCUAACGGCCCUCAACAGUGUGUUCUCACUCAAGAUAUGCUCGUUCAACAUUCAGUCUUUUGGAGAACAUAAAGUGUCGAAACCAGAGGUGUUGGCCGUAAUUGUAGAGUGUAUUGCCCGCUGUGAUAUCAUGCUUGUAAUGGAAAUCAAAGAUGCCAGAGGAGACGCUUUCUCUCAGCUGAUGACACGCCUCAACGGUAAAUACAGAAGAAGGAACGAGUAUAAUUAUGUCAUCAGUGAGAGACUGGGCAGAAAGUCGUACAAGGAGCAAUAUGCAUUCAUCUACAGACAGAGGUUUGUGUCAGUGAAGUCAGUGUAUCAAUACCCUGACACACAAACAGAGGACACAGAUGUGUUUGCUCGAGAGCCUUUUGUUGUGUGGUUUUCAUCUCCAACAACAGAAAUCAAGGACUUUGUAAUUAUACCAAUUCAUACGGCUCCUGAGGCAGCAGUGAAAGAGAUAGAUGAACUAUAUGAUGUUUACCAAAAUGUCUCUCAGCGCUGGGAUUCAGAGAAUUUCAUCAUUAUGGGCGAUUUCAAUGCAGCCUGCGGUUAUGUCCCCAAAAGGCAAUGGAGCACCAUCCGUCUGCGUUCUGACUCGACUUUCCUCUGGUUAACGGGCGACAGUAUAGACACCACUGUGAAGGAGUCCACCAACUGUGCCUAUGAUAGGGUUGUCCUGCAUGGGGAGAAACUGAUCCAGGCGGUCAAGCCUGAAUCACUGGAUGUGUUUGACUUCAGACAGGCACACGGACUCACUGAGGAACAGGCCUUAGCAGUGAGUGAUCACUUCCCAGUGUGCAUUUCUGUCAACCUUGCGAGGAGGAGGGGCAAGAGAGGUUAAAACAUAUCCACGGGAGGUGUGGUGCCACCCUCUUCCGUGUACUGGGCCUGCUUGAGUUUUCCCGCUGAAGGCCAGCUGUCCCCUGCUUUGGCAAUGAUGAGCAAUCACCAGGUUUUCAAUGGAUCUGGUAAAUUGAGGCAUUUAGGAGUUAUUUUAUCUCUCCAGGAUACUGGGAGAUUGUAUGCUCAACUUUAAACAACUUUUUGUUAUGCUUGGGAGGCAAGAUCAGGUCAUUUAUUUGAGCGCUGAUGAAAUAGUGGCCGAGCUUGUUAAUUAUAAACCAGUAGAUUCAAGGUGUGUGUUUCCUAGUUGCUAUGAAACCAUUUGUGUUAGCUUGUAGUUCUGCUCUCUACUGACUCUUUCUUGGUUCUUAAUUAAAUGAUCCAUACACAGCUGCACAGUGAACAAAUGUAAAAAUACAUUAUACUUUUUCUUUCUCUGGGCAUUGCAUAUUUUGAAUUUCUGUACCUGUAAAAUUUCUGUAAAAUCUGUAUGCGUGUCUCAAAAAUAAUAUAAAAUGCUUAUAGUGACAGAGUGACAGUGACAGACAUUAGUGACAGAGUAAAAACUCUAUACAUGACAGAGUAAAAACUCUAUACAUGGUGAGUACACAUAUGCAUUGUUCAGAGACUGUUUUUUGGAUUGAAUCAAUAAAAAAGGCAAUAUUUCUGUAUUUUCAGACCACUUUGAAAAUUAGGAAGAGAACUUGCACAGAUCACCAUGUAGUGUCUCAUUAGCCAAGUUGAUCCGUUGCCGAAGGGAUAUUAAAAAUUCCGUUCCUGGCAUAAAAAGUGCUCUUGACAAUUUGUGACCUUCCAUUACUGGGUGAUUUGUAGUCAUGUUCGUAGUCACCUAUGGAAACAUUACAUUGUUUUUCAGUGCAUUGUUGUAAAAUGUGCCUUAUUUUCAUGUAAAAGUAAAUCACCAUUUUACAAGUAUUAUGUUUUCUGCAAAUAAACUGCUCUCAAUUCCUUC